UGACAGCAAACUGGGGUCAAAGAUGUCACUGACAGACACCAGCAGUGGGAGUCUUCAGCAAAGCAGUGGGAUCAGCACAGGCUCCUCCGCUCUCAGUUAUGCAAAUGCUGAACCCCCCGACCAUAUGAAUGAUGAACCUCCUACCACUAAAGCUGUCCAUGAUGUGCUUGCUAAAAUCUUUCCGAAUAUUCAGCUGAUAUCACCAUUGACCACCACCACCACCAGUCCCCUUACACAAUUUAUGAAUAUGCAGAACAAUGAUUUAUGCUCAGCUCCCUACAGUCCAUGUGGUGUCCAAGCUAAUGACACAAGUUCAGGAUCAUCGAUAUUUGAAAAUAAAACCUAUUCCCUCCUCAUUCCCGGCUGUGCUCAUCAGGCUAUGACAAACAACUCAGAGUUCAAGGUGAAGGCUGAAAUGCCUUGUGACUCUGAUUAUCAUCCCAGUAGGAGCGACAUGGAGAGACGUCCUGAUCAAAAGGUACCAGCUUGUCAAGUUCCUGCACAACAAGAUUCUGUUUCAUCGCUAAUGCAAGCAGACAUGUCAUAUCAACCCUGCAAUGGAGAUUCUGGGAGAUUUUCAUGUGCAGAAGACUCCAGCUUGUCCUCCAUCUCUAGUGGGACCAACACAUCUGAUUCUUGUGAUCUUACAUCCAGAGCUGAGGUUGAGUUUGAGAGCUCCGAUGAGAUAGUCAGUGGUAAAGCGAAACUGUGUGAAGAGGUCACUAUAUGUGAUGAAUGUCCCUGUUAUGGCUUUGUGCCCAGAGGGUCACACAGCUUUCUUGCAAUGGAUGAAGACUACCAAGCAGUCCCGGGUCUGCUUUUAGAGCAGGGAAGUGGUGGGCACAAAGAAAUUUUGGACAGGUAUAAAGAGGAAUCAUUUAAAAAGGCUCCUCAAAGCAUCUUAAGCCAAGUUUUUCCAGAUUUCAUUAACAGUGUUCAGGAUGGGCAGCAUCUCUCUCAGCUCCAAAUACCUUUUUCCUCUUUGAUGCUUGCUGACCACUCUUUGCCAGUAAUCACAGACAGUGGCUAUCAAAGUGUGUAGUACUCUUGACUGUGACUCAGAUUUCAUUCUUGAUUUUGAAAAUAGCUUCAAAAUGAUCAAAUGAUCUCAUCUUAAGAACCAGUUAGUAGCUGUUCUUGGUGUUUAAUGUGAAUAAGUAGUGUUUCCAUGUGUAAAUGUAGAGCGCACACAGCUUUAUAUGCUGAGAACAUUUCAAUUAUAAAUGCCUUUCUGAACAUGUCAAAAACAUACAGUUUUUGAUAACAUGGUUGUUUUAAUGUGACGCAUCCAUAAAAUUUCCACUUAAAAUAACUGAUGUCCGAUAUCACCCAGAAUGCACCUGUAGUGUUAAUGUUUUUAUUGUUUAGGUAAAACGGCUGCGGUCACUUUAUACAUCUCCAUUUCACAUCUAAUAUUGAAUACAUUUCAUUUGCUUUUGUUGUUUGUUUGUUUUUAAACUUAAUUGUACAUAUUUUUAUGAAAAUGCAUUCCUUAAAUACAUAAAUGAUGAGUGGAUUAAACUGCAUAAAAUCUGUCUAAAAUUUCUACUAAUCUUCUGUAAGAGUUGAGUUAUGUUAGGGACUUAAGAGCAAUUUAAAUCUCCUUAAGCUUAAUCUGACCAGUUAAUUCCUAACAAAAGAACAGAAAAUAUAAUCAAUUUGCCCAUGAGCAUUUUAAGUAGGAAUUAUAUGAUUGCAUUCUGACUGAAACAAGCCACAACACUUAGCUGACAUGCAGAGCUGCUGUUCAGAGUUAUGAAAUUACUUCCUCAUUGUUCUUCUCUGGAACGGUUGAUACAUUUCCCGAGAAACACGCGUCACUGUCUUCAGUAUGUUAUGGGUGUCACAAUAAAACAGCUGCAUUCUGUAUAUAAGUGAUAUGAAUGUUACUAUUACAUUUUUCCUGUAUGUAAAAUAGUUCAAAUA